UCCAAUUUCCUAUUCCAAACAACGCGUGAAAACAGAAAACGCGUGAAAAUUAAACGGCGCAAUAUAAAUCACAGCACAAAUCCAAAACCCUAACGCGUCGUUUAGCAACAGAGAGUUAAAUUUUCAUUCUCUCUCGUUUGUGACUAAGAAAAAGAAAAACUACGCCAUGGACGAAGAAGUGCAGAAGAUCUUCAGCAAGUUCGACAAAAACGGCGACGGAAAGAUUUCUUGCUCGGAACUGAAGGAAAUGCUUUCAACGCUUGGAUCCAAAACCACCUCCGAAGAAGUGAAACGCAUGAUGGAGGAAAUUGAUCAAAACGGCGACGGUUACAUUGAUCUCAAAGAGUUUGCGGAUUUUCAUUUAUCCGAUGCCGGAAAAGAUAACUCCGAUGAACUCCGCGACGCUUUCGAUCUUUACGAUCUUGACAAAAACGGUGUCAUCUCUGCUAAUGAAUUGCAUUCUGUUAUGACGAAACUCGGUGAGAAAUGUUCUCUUAGUGACUGCCAGAGAAUGAUAAGUAACGUUGAUGUUGAUGGCGAUGGAAACUGUAACUUCGAGGAGUUCAAGAAGAUGAUGACUCGCUAGAUAAAAUGAUCGGUACAUUUUCGUUUCUUCGAACGGUUAGGGUUUAGUGAUUUCUUCUGUACAUUUUUUGGAUAUUUUCUAUGCUUGCUUUUUGUUUAGGAUUUUAGGUUGCUGCUGCAGUAGAAGUUUAUUAGUAGUUUUCUAAUCAUCGAUGAUUUGAUUAUGAUUUGAUGAUUUGAUUAUGAUUUAUCCAUGGAAUGAUCGCAAACCUGUGGUCAUAUAGUUCUAAAUUGCAGUUCAACUUUAAUGUCGUUUGCAUUUGUUGAAAAUUUCAAUAUCAAUAUUUGCAGUUCAAUGA